CAGCCACAGGGGGAACCAAAGACACAGAAGCCUUCCCAGCUGCCCGGACCACAGACGCCAACACCCCCCGCCCCCCACCACACGCCGCCCUCCCGCCCGCGCCCCGCACGCCAGCCAGCCAGCCAGCCCACGAGCGAGCGGCGGCGGCGGCGGCGGCGGUGGCGGCGGCUGCAGGCUGCUGCGGAGACUGGGCUCUGCGCGCUACCGGCCGGCGCUCGCCACCCCGGGUGACUCGGUCCCGCCCGCUCGGCCAUCCCAGGCUCCCUGUCCGCAGCUCCCGCGCGAGCCCCCGGCCCGGGUUCCGGCGCCCACCGGCUCUCGCCGCCCCUCCGCCCCCUCAGUUCGCGGCAAGGGAGGUCGCGGCAGCGGCCCGGCGGCAGCGGUGACCGUGGCGACCGCGGCGACAGUGGCGGCGGAGGUCGCUGCAGCGGCGGCUGCGGCGGCGGAGGCUGCGGCGGCGACCGUGGCGGAGGCGGUGGCGGAGGCCUCCGUGGCGGAGGCGGAAGCAGAGGUGGAGGCUGAAGUGGAGGCCGAGGCCUCGGCGGCCGCGGCGGAGGCCAGCCUGGCGGAGGCGGCGGCCCUGGCGGGGGAGAAGGCGGAGGCGGUGGCAGCCACCGAGGCCAGCCUGGCGGAGGCCGGCCUCGAGGAGGCCAGCCUGGCGGAGGCCCGGGGGGCCGCUGCGGAGGCUGCUGCGUCGCCUUCCUACGGGAGGGUGGACAUGGAUGAGGAGCUGGCGGCGGCCUUGGCUGCAGAGGAGGAAGAGGCGGCGGCCGGGGGCUCCGAUGGAAACCCAGACUUUCCCACGGCCUCGCUCUACGUGGGCGACCUGCACCCCGACGUGACCGAGUCCAUGCUGUACGAGAAGUUCAGCCCCGCCGGGCCCAUCCUGUCCAUCCGCAUUUGCAGGGACAAGGUCACCCGGCGCUCUCUGGGCUACGCAUAUGUCAACUACCAGCAACCGCUGGACGCCAAGCGGGCCCUGGAGACCAUGAACUUUGACGUUAUCAAUGGCAGGCCGGUGCGCAUCAUGUGGUCCCAGAGGGACCCGUCGCUCCGCAAGAGCGGGGUGGGCAACGUCUUCAUCAAGAACCUGGGCAAGACCAUCGACAACAAGGCGCUGUACAACAUCUUCUCGGCCUUUGGCAACAUCCUGUCCUGCAAGGUGGCCUGUGACGAAAAGGGGCCCAAGGGCUACGGGUUCGUGCACUUCCAGAAGCAGGAGUCUGCCGAGCGGGCCAUAGAUGCGCUGAAUGGAAUGUUCCUGAACUACCGCAAGAUUUUCGUGGGGAGGUUCAAGUCCCACAAGGAGAGAGAGGCCGAAAGGGGAGCCUGGGCCCGCCAGUCCACCAGUGCUGACUUCAGGGGUUUCGAUGAUGACUCCGAUGACGAGGCCACCUUUCGAUGAAGACAUCCCAGGCCCCAGCCAGUAGAGCCAAAUCUUGGCUCCCACCCCGUUUACAGCCCCCCACCCCACCCCAACCCACCAGCAGUGUAUUGUAUUGGGAGUGCAGGUUUCUCUCUCCCUCUCCCUCCUUCACCCCUUCCCCCUCCCCUCCUCCCU